GCUGUAACCGCGGCUGCCGCUGCUCCUCUGAGCGGGCGUUGGUGCCGUGUGCCGAGGCGCCCUGUCAGGCGAGAGGGAGCGGCCGGGCGGGAGCGCGGGCGGCGGCGGAGCCUGAGGAGGGCAGCAGGGGCUCUGAAGGAGCGAGGGCGGGCUGAGCCAGCCUCGGAGAAGCGAGGCGGAGAGCGCGGGGACCCACCCCGGGCGCCCUGCGUGCGACGGCCGGCGGGCAGCGGCGCUGAGCGGCAGGGAGGCCGAGCGGCGGCGGCGGCGGACGGAGAGCCGGCGACCCCCGGGAGGAGGAGAAGCAGGAGCGGGAGGAAGCGCCGAGGAACUGCGGGGCCCGAGUGGGCGGCGGGGCCGCGGGCCAUGGACUCGGCGGCGGCGAGGGCGAGCCGGGGCGGCGGCGCGGCGCAGAGUCAGCCCGCCGCCAGGUGAGGCUGGGCGGAGCGGGCUCGGGGCGCCGCCGCCACUGCUGUGCCGCCGGGCCGCGGAGCGAGUCGGCGGCGGCGGCGGCGGCUGAAGCGGCGCCACAGCAGCCGCGGCGAGCAGCGGCGGCCUCGGAGGAAGAGGGGUCGCCGCCCGGGGUUCUGGCGGCCGCGGCUCUCGUCGCAGUAUAUCCUGUUCGGAUUAUCUUUUGCUUCUCCCCAGCUACCUCCUUCCCCUCACACUCACACUCUGUCCCACUCCUCCGCGUCCUCGGUCGAAGCUGCCCUCGGCCCGGGCUGGUUCCCCCCCGCCUGGGGACGCCCCUUACCUCCCCUCCCGGGCUGCGGGGGACCCCGCCGAGACCAUGAGGAAAUUCAACAUCAGGAAGGUGCUGGACGGCCUGACCGCCGGCUCGUCUUCGGCCUCGCAGCAGCAGCAGCUGCAGCAGCAGCACCCGCCUGGGAACCGGGAGCCCGAGAUCCAGGAAACGCUCCAGUCCGAGCACUUUCAGCUGUGCAAGACUGUUCGCCAUGGAUUUCCCUAUCAACCCUCAGCCCUGGCCUUUGAUCCCGUACAGAAGAUCCUGGCAGUGGGAACUCAGACUGGUGCUUUAAGGCUCUUUGGUCGCCCAGGAGUAGAAUGUUAUUGCCAACAUGACAGUGGAGCUGCAGUAAUCCAGCUCCAGUUCCUGAUUAAUGAGGGAGCUCUUGUGAGUGCCUUGGCUGAUGACACCUUACAUUUAUGGAAUUUACGUCAAAAGAGACCUGCAAUACUACAUUCACUUAAAUUUUGCAGAGAAAGGGUUACGUUUUGCCAUCUGCCUUUCCAGAGUAAGUGGCUCUAUGUGGGCACUGAACGAGGUAAUAUACAUAUUGUCAAUGUGGAGUCCUUCACACUCUCAGGCUACGUCAUUAUGUGGAACAAAGCUAUUGAACUGUCAUCUAAAUCUCACCCAGGACCUAUCGUCCAUAUAAGUGAUAAUCCAAUGGAUGAAGGAAAGCUUUUGAUUGGCUUUGAAUCUGGAACAGUAGUGUUAUGGGACCUCAAAUCAAAGAAAGCAGACUACAGAUACACCUACGAUGAGGCUAUCCACUCUGUUGCUUGGCAUCAUGAAGGAAAACAAUUUAUUUGCAGUCAUUCAGAUGGCACUUUGACUAUAUGGAAUGUGAGAUCCCCUGCUAAGCCUGUACAGACGAUAACUCCACAUGGAAAACAGUUAAAGGAUGGGAAGAAGCCAGAACCAUGCAAGCCUAUCCUCAAGGUGGAAUUCAAAACGACCAGACCUGGGGAACCUUUUAUUAUUUUAUCAGGAGGUUUGUCAUACGAUACUGUAGGAAGAAGACCUUGCUUAACAGUUAUGCAUGGGAAAAGUACUGCAGUGCUAGAAAUGGACUAUUCAAUUGUUGAUUUCCUGACGCUGUGUGAAACCCCAUACCCAAAUGAUUUUCAAGAACCAUAUGCUGUGGUUGUUCUACUAGAAAAGGAUUUAGUACUUAUAGACCUUGCACAAAAUGGAUAUCCUAUAUUUGAAAAUCCCUACCCUUUGAGUAUACAUGAAUCCCCUGUUACAUGUUGCGAAUAUUUUGCUGAUUGUCCUGUGGACCUUAUUCCUGCACUUUAUUCUGUUGGAGCUAGACAGAAACGUCAAGGUUACAGCAAAAAGGAAUGGCCCAUUAAUGGAGGCAAUUGGGGCUUGGGUGCUCAAAGCUACUCAGAAAUAAUUAUUACAGGGCACGCUGAUGGGUCAGUUAAGUUCUGGGAUGCUUCUGCGAUAAAUCUACAAGUAUUAUAUAAAUUAAAGACGUCUAAAGUAUUUGAAAAGUCAAGAAAUAAAGAUGACAAGCCAAACACAGACAUUGUAGAUGAAGAUCCGUAUGCCAUUCAGAUCAUCUCCUGGUGUCCAGAAAGUCGAAUGUUGUGCAUAGCUGGAGUUUCAGCUCAUGUCAUUAUUUAUAGAUUCAGCAAACAAGAAGUGAUUACAGAAGUCAUUCCGAUGCUUGAAGUUCGAUUGUUAUAUGAGAUAAGUGAUGUGGAAUCUCCAGAGGGUGAACAGGCACCACCUUUGCCGACACCAGUUGGGAGUGCCAAUCCUCAGCCCGUUCCUCCUCAGUCUCAUCCUUCUACCAGUAGCACUUCAUCUGAUGGGCUUCGUGAUAACGUCCCUUGUUUGAAAGUUAAAAAUUCUCCACUUAAACAGUCUCCAGGUUAUCAGACAGAAUUAGUUAUUCAGUUGGUAUGGGUGAGUGGAGAACCACCACAACAAAUAACCAGUCUGGCAGUUAAUUCUUCCUAUGGAUUGGUAGUUUUUGGCAAUUGUAGUGGCAUUGCAAUGGUUGACUACCUCCAGAAAGCAGUACUCCUCAACCUGGGCACUAUUGAAUUAUGCGGCUCCAGUGAUCCUUAUCGGAGAGAACCCCGAUCUCCUCGUAAAUCUCGACAGCCUUCAGGAGCAGGUCUGUGCGAUAUUAGUGAAGGGACUGUAGUCCCAGAAGAUCGCUGCAAAUCUCCAACUUCUGGUUCUUCAUCACCACACAAUUCAGAUGAUGAACAAAAAGUGAAUAAUUUUAUAGAAAAGGUGAAGAUCAAAAGCAGAAAGUUUUCCAAGAUGGUAGCCAGUGAUAUAGCAAAAAUGUCAAGGAAGUUAAGCUUGCCUACUGACCUAAAGCCUGACUUAGACAUAAAAGAUAAUUCCUUCAGCCGAUCACGGAGUUCAAGUGUAACCAGCAUUGAUAAAGAAUCCCGAGAAGCAAUCUCUGCUCUUCAUUUCUGUGAAACUUUUACUCGAAAGGCAGAUUCAGCCCCCUCCCCAUGUUUGUGGGUUGGUACUACAUUGGGAACAGUGCUUGUCAUUGCACUGAACCUUCCCCCAGGAGGAGAGCAAAGACUUCUUCAGCCAGUAAUUGUGUCUCCAAGUGGUACUAUAUUGAGGUUAAAAGGGGCAGUCCUGAGAAUGGCAUUCCUGGAUUCCACAGGCUGCUUAAUGCCACCCGCAUAUGAAUCCUGGAAAGAACACAAUGUUCCUGAAGAGAAGGAUGAAAAGGAGAAAUUGAAAAAACGAAGACCUGUCUCUGUAUCUCCCUCCUCUUCUCAGGAAAUUAGUGAAAACCAGUAUGCAGUGAUAUGUUCUGAAAAGCAAGCAAAAGUAAUCUCACUGCCAACUCAGAACUGUGCUUAUAAGCAAAACAUUACAGAGACCUCAUUUGUUCUUCGUGGAGAUAUUGUAUCAUUGAGUAACAGUAUCUGCCUUGCCUGCUUCUGUGCCAAUGGACACAUUAUGACUUUUAGUUUGCCAAGUUUAAGACCUCUAUUGGAUGUGUAUUACUUGCCCCUUACCAAUAUGCGGAUAGCCAGAACGUUCUGCUUCACCAACAAUGGACAAGCAUUAUAUCUUGUUUCACCUACAGAAAUCCAGAGACUCACUUACAGUCAAGAGACCUGUGAAAAUCUUCAGGAAAUGUUGGGUGAACUCUUCACUCCUGUAGAAACACCUGAAGCACCAAACAGGGGAUUCUUUAAAGGCUUGUUUGGAGGUGGUGCACAAUCUCUUGAUAGAGAAGAACUAUUUGGAGAAUCAUCCUCGGGAAAGGCUUCAAGAAGUCUUGCUCAGCAUAUCCCUGGCCCUGGUGGCAUCGAAGGCGUGAAAGGAGCAGCAUCUGGAGUUGUUGGUGAAUUAGCACGAGCCAGGUUGGCACUAGAUGAAAGAGGGCAGAAACUUAGUGACCUGGAAGAAAGAACUGCAGCUAUGUUAUCCAGUGCAGAUUCAUUUUCUAAACAUGCUCAUGAGAUGAUGUUGAAAUACAAAGAUAAGAAGUGGUACCAGUUCUGACAACCAGAAAUCCAACUAAGUCCAACUUCAGCCAGAAGGAAAAAGAAUUUUCCUUUUUUAUUUUAUUGAUUUCACUUUAGGAAAGUUAACAUUAAAGAGAUGUUCAUCACUGGAUACUGUUCUUUCCUAGCACAAUCAUGCACUGUUUGACCUCAGUCAUGCGGCUUUAACUGAGGAGUGUUCACACACACUCAACGUGGAGUAUGUGCUGUGGGCCAGCUACGAGUUGAUGGUUUGGGAGCUAGGAUGGUCACAUGUUACAAAUGAAGAAACAGAGGGAUGUUGAGGAGACGUGGCAGGGACUUUUCCUGGGUCAGUCCUGUAUUAAACUUUCACAUGCCAAAAGUUUCUGUGCUGUCGUUAUCUGCCAUCAUUGUUUGACCUCUUUGAGGGAGAGGCAAUAAGUCAGAAGUCCUGAAGCUGAAACAGUUAUAUUUGUGUCACUUACUGAAUUAUAAACGGCUGUCUUGGACUUUCCCUCCCUUCAACUGACUGGUCAUCAGUAUCAUUAGUGAAAAAGACACAAACUGUUUAUUACCAUAUCUUUAGACAGAUAAGCUGAAUGGUGGGCUUUAAAUAAUAAAAACAUACACAUAGUUGACUUGUGUAUGGGCUACUCUUGGAUUCUUGUUAUUGUAUACUUGUGUUUAGUCCAUAUUUUGUCAAAAGCAAAACAAGGCGAUACAUCACUUUUCAUUGAAAAGAAAAGUGUAGAGCAUGACUGAACUGCUCAUGAUUCUGGGAGUUUCCAUGUAAUGGCUAUGCAGUGUGGAAAGUGAGAAAAACCUCCAUUGUGGUGAGGAGAAUACUUCAAGGUCCCUUGUCCUUGUUCUCAUUAAUUCAGCUAAAUGUGGAUUUGACCAAAAUAGUUACUGGUUAAAUUUGUAGAAAUGUUGAAAUUGGCUAAGUUUUUAAUUUUGCUUGAAUUUUUAUAAAAUGUUUAACCCAAUGUACCUUUGCAUUAUUUAAUUAAAAUUGCUUAAAAAAAUGUUUGAUUAUUUCAGUAAAAUGUUCAGCUCCCGUUUUAAUAUGCCCUUUACUUGCUAACAGUUCCAGUACACUCAGGUGAUGAGCCAAUUAAAUCUUAGUGCACAUGCUGUCGCAUGGAAAAAAUCACAAGCAUCCUUUGUCAAUAAUUAUCUAUGUAAGAGUCUAGUCUGAUGACGUACAAAGUAUUUUCUGUAGAAAUAUACUGUAAAACUGUUCAUGUCCUUUCAAGGUUUUAAAAAGCCAAAAGGAAAGGAAAAUAUGUGCAUUUUGGUAACUAAAUUAUUCCUGUAUUGGAGUAUAAAGCAGAUGAGACCAUCGGUGGACAAUAAAUGAUUGGUCCCUAGAAUAGCACAUAGGCAGAAAAGAGAUGAUGGGGUAGAUCUGAAGUAGGUAAGCUCAUUCUGCAGGCUCAUCUGAGAUUAUUACUGAUUGUUCUUAAAGCAACAAAGGACGAAUAAUAUAGAAGCAUUAUACUUAGUAUUAAUGAAAUUUAAAUAUUUUCUUCUAUAAAAAAUAGUUUAAAACAGUUUUCUUUUGUCAUUAAGAGAUAAUCAGAGCACAAAUUGAUAGCAAACAUGAUGGUUGUUUUUCUAUUCCAUAUGAUCAUUAAAGGUAUAUUGUAGAACACCUUAAUUUCACAGUCUGUUAUGCAUUUUUCCUCUUUACUCUUUUCAUUAAUAAAGCUCUUAUGUUUACAUUUUAUAACGUGCACUAUGGAAUAUGAAAGUUUACAUUAAAAUUUACUUUAAAUAUCAUUAGGAAGGGAUUAAAUAUAUGUGGUAGAGAUAACUGAUCAAGCCAAAAGAAAUAUUUUAAAAAUAGUCAUUCUCAAAAGUUUUUGACUUUGUAGAAAGUACCUAUGAGUAACAUUUCUGUUAGUUAAUGUCAGCUAUAUGAUGAACAUGUAGCAGUUUACAAAUUGUUUAAUUUGUAUCAUAUAUUAUCUAAUAAACCCAUUGUUCCAUGAUAUGUCACAGGAAGUAUUAAGCCGUUUUUUAAAGGUACAGUUUUGUGAAUGUCAUCAAUAAAAUCAGUAGUUAACAGAUUUGAAGUUGAGAAGCACUAAGUAAAGUAAUAUACUGGUUGAUUCCCCAUUCAUAUGUAAGGGCAUAUUAGCUCCAAUUAUUUAAUUUGCUGUGUUAUUUUGUGUUAAUUGUAUAUCAACUUAAUUUUUAUAUCACUGUCAUUUUUCCUGUUGUAUAUAAAAUGAACCAAUCUUGUAAUUAUUUUCAAAUAGAGAAGUUAGAUACAUUUACCUGAGAUGGAUUUUAUAAGAAAAUCUUAAAUUAAUAUUUCAAGUUAUUUUAUUUCAUUUUUAAAUUAAUCUACAAAUUAUGCACAGCAAACUAGAAACUCACUUAGGAUUAGAAAGCUUGAAGUAUUUUUGAAAAUAGGAAAUAAGCUUCUCAGAGUUAUACUUGAUUCAGUCUGUAGAUAAGAGACAGUCUGCAGUAAUAAACUAACCCAGGGAAUUUAUUGUAAUUUGAGAGGUAACAUCUCUAUUUUUUUUCUAACGCAAAAAGUUACAGUCACCAGCAAGCCAAGAUUUCAGGAAAACAAACCAAAAAUUAAAAAAAAUAGUCAAAAUAGAAAAUAUUAGAAAAAUGAAAGAUUUUUGUGUGCUUCCUCCAUUUCUUCAAACAUUAUUCUUUGUUGCCUGUGUCCUUGACUCUCAAAUCACUGAAGUGUUCACUGAUUAGCAGUUUGUCAGUAGGAAGUGGUUUCCCUAUAUGUACCACAUACCUGGUUCAUUUCACUCUUCAAACUAAAAUCCAUAUGUAGUUGCUUAGAACGUUAUUUGAAACCUUAUAUUCUGACAACUUCUGUAUAUUACAUCAUUUGAAGUUUUCAAUUAUCUUAAUUCCCUUGGUUUGCAUUUCAGUUGUACAAAGUGUUUCCAAAAAUGGUUAUAGAUAUAACUGAGCUAUUACUAACUUCUUAAUUUGAUUUUUUUAUGGAUGGGAAAAAGUGCUGCUAAUUGUCUAUGUUAUUAUGUGUACUAUAUUACAAUUUAAUUAAGUACAGUACUUUAAAGAAAGAAGCAUUUUCUUUUGCUUAGAACUUUUUAAUUGUAGGUUUCUCUGAAGUUAUUUCAUGUAGAUAUGUGUUUUAAACAAGUCUGAAAGUGUUACAUACUUUUAGGUUACAAGGGGUGAUGAGAAAACAGCUGAGGAAAGGAAAAAUAUGUGAAAGACACCAUGGACUUCAAAGUUUUACCCUGAGUUCUGUAUUCCAUAUAUGUUUUGCUUAAGGCAUUUUCUCAUGUGACAUUAGAAAAGCUAUAUCCAAAGGUAAAUUUUUUGUGGCAAAGAUUUAUUUUACAUUUUAACUUUUGGGAUUUUGUUUAUUUGUUUUUGCAAAAUAAAGAGCACUGAACUUUAAA